AUGAAUUCUCCUCGAUUAUCAUCAAAAGAGGAUGGAUCAUUAUCUUCUCAUGAAAAAUAUUAUUUUGGUCCAAGUCGUCUUUUAACGAAACGAAUUCAUCUUAAAUCACAUGAUGGAACAUUAGAUUUUACAAUAACUGGAGGAAAUGAUGUUCAACCUAUUCAUGUUGCAUCAGUUGUUUGGGCUUCACAAGCUUAUUUACAAGGAAUGAGACCUGGAGAUCAAAUUAUUUCGGUUAAUGGAAUUUCAUUUCAACCAAAUAUUAAUUAUGCAAAAGCUCUUCAAAUUUUAUAUUCUUCACCUGAACUUGAUAUAAUAAUUCGAACACUUCGUAUAAAUGCUCUUGAUGCAACAUUAUAUGAUUGGUAUGAUCCUGUUCAACAACGUUCAACAUCACCACCACCUGGAUCUUAUCUUUCAACUGAUGCUCAAUUACCUUAUUUUGAAAGAACAGUAACAAUAUCUGUUGAAAAAGGUAAACGUCUUGGUUUAGUAAUACGUGGUGGUGCUGAAUAUGGUCUUGGAAUCUUUAUAUCUGGUGUUGAUAAAAAUUCUCUUAGUGAUCAAUCUGGUCUUUGUAUUGGUGAUCAAAUCUUAUCUGUAAAUGGAAUUGAUUUUCGUCAUAUAACACAUACAGAUGCUGUUCAAUUAUUAAGAAAUGUUGAUCAAAUGACAUUUCAUUUAAGACAAAUUAAUAAAUUACCUCAACCAAAAGAUCAAAAUAAAUUAAUAAAAUUAAAUUCUCAAUUUAAAACAAAAAUUCCAUCAGAAUCUAAUGAUAUUCCAUCAAAACCAACUCGUUUAAUAAAUCCGAAAAAUAAUUUUCUUGAACAAAUUCUUGAUGAAAAUAAAAAGAAUUUAUUUAAAAAUAUUCUUAAAGAAUAUUUAGAAGAAAAAAUACAUAUUGAUCAAUUAACUUUACCUCUAUUAGAUAUUUUAAAUAAACAAAAUCAACAAUAUCGAGUUGAAAUUAUUGAAUCAAUUAGAAAAUUUCUACGUCCAAAUGAUCUUGAUCGUUUUGAUAUUUAUAUUUUAAAAGAUGAUUUAAAUACUUUAAAGUUAUCUCAUGAACGUUUAAUUCAACAUUCUUUAUCAUCAUCACGAAUGUCAAUACAUUCACCAGCACAUAAUUUGUCGAAAUCAGUUGAAAAUUUAACAAAUGAAAAACAUUCACGUUUAAUUCGACCUCAAUCAUUAUUAUUUAAUGAUUCAAUGAAGAAAUCUUCUGAUAGAUUAUCACCAACAAUUGAAAGAAAAUCUCAACCGAUGAAUAAUUUCAAUCCAUUAAGAAAAACUAAAAGUCUUCAUAAUGUUGAUCAAUCCGAACAAUUUUUAUUAUUUAAUAAAUCUCGUACAAAUUUAACUAAUGAACAAAUUAAUAUUAUUGAUGAUUUUCUUAAAGAUUAUUCCUCACCGUAUCCAAUAACAAUUCAUAAAGUUCGUUCAACAUUAGGUGUUGCAAUUGAAGGUGGUUUUAAAGAUCGAAUUCCAUUACCAAGAAUUGUUUAUAUGCAGCCUGAUGGUUGUGCAUAUAUUUCAAGUGGUCUUCGUGUUGGUCAUGUAAUAAUUGGUUUAAAUGGAUAUUCAAUGAAAGGAUUAUUACAUCGUGAAGCUGCAUUAUUUAUUGCAUCAUCAUUUAAAGAUAAAACAACAUCACAAAUGGAUUUAUUAGUUGUUGAACCGUUAACUAAUGAACAAUAA